AUGUCUACUGGGAAGCGUUCUGAAUCCAUCGGCAUUUAUUCAUACGAAUGUUGCGGAGCCUUCAUUACGGACUGCAGUGGAGCAAUCACUCAAUUCAUGCAUCCUGAGAUGCGAUCGCUUCUUGGACUAGCAGUGACCGCAAUGGCGACGACAAUCGUCACAGUGAUCGCCGAUGGCGAAAAUCGAGCGAAACGAAGCUACUACGGAUAUGAUUAUGGAUAUGGCGUCGAUGGUGAUUUCUGGUAUGCUGGACGAAUUCUCGGCAUAAUUCUGGGUGUUUCACUAUUGUUAGUAUGCUGUUGUAUACCGUGCGUAUGUCUUGCCGGUAUCUGGUUCCUGGGUUGGUUCGGUUUACGUCAACGUCGUCAACGAAAGACCAGAACCACCAACACCACCACGAACAGCGGCAAUCCAGCGUCUUCAUCAACAUCCAAACAAGUCACCAGACAUCCAAUCAGGGUUCACGACUCACCUCUACCUCGUCGUACUCGCUCAUUCUCCGACGACGCCGGUGGUGACAACAUCAUUUAUUCGGCUGAAGAUCGCUAUUAUACGUCUUCUGCUCCUUCUGGUAAUCGUCGUCCCAGCUUCUAUCGAGCAUCACAGUUUUAG